AUGAAGAUGUCAAACGCAAGUGAUGGCAGUAGAGAAGUCAGAGAACCAUUGGUGGACAAGCAUGUGGCUGAAUCAAAACCGGAACAGCCGUGGAUGGUUUAUCUGAGCACAUUUGUUGCAGUUUGUGGUUCUUUUGCGUUUGGUUCUUGUGCUGGAUACUCUUCACCUGCUCAGGCUGCAAUUAGGAAUGAUCUUUCUCUGACUAUCGCUGAGGCCAUGAGAGUUUCUUCUGCAUUUUGUGUCGUCGGAUGGCUAGCUAUCUUCUUUGCCAAGGGUGUAGUGGCUCUGGAUCUAGGAAGACUAGCAACGGGUUACGGGAUGGGAGCAUUCUCCUAUGUGAUUCUGAUCUGCACUGGAGUGUCUGUUUCCUUCAUUAUAGGCACAUUAGUGACUUGGAGAGUCUUAGCACUAAUAGGACUCAUCCCAUGUGCUGUCUCCUUUCUUGGCCUCUUUUGUAUCCCUGAGUCUCCAAGAUGGCUGGCAAAGAUGGGACGUGAUACAGAGUUUAAAGCUGCACUAAGGAAGCUCCGUGGGAAGAAGGCUGAUAUAUCUGAGGAGGCAGCUGAGAUUCAGGAUUAUAUCGAAACCCUUGAAAGGCUUCCCAAAGCCAAGGCCCUGGAUUUGUUUCAGAGGAGAUACAUACGCUCUGUUAUUAUAGCAUUUGGACUGAUGGUGUUUCAGCAGUUUGGAGGCAUCAAUGGAAUAUGUUUCUAUACAAGCUCAAUAUUUGAACAAGCAGGUUUCCCCACAAGACUUGGGAUGAUAAUAUAUGCUAUUCUCCAGGUGGUAAUAACUGCGCUUAAUGCACCAAUAGUUGACAGAGCAGGAAGAAAGCCAUUGCUUCUGGUUUCUGCAACAGGGUUAGUGAUAGGAUGUUUGAUCACUGCAGUCUCAUUCUAUCUCAAGGCUCACGACAUGGCACACGAAGCAGUGCCAGUCCUUGCUGUCGUUGGUAUAAUGAUGUACAUAGCAUCAUUUUCAGCAGGAAUGGGAGCAAUGCCAUGGGUUGUCAUGUCUGAGAUAUUUCCUAUAAAUAUAAAAGGAGUAGCAGGAGGCAUGGCGACACUAGUGAACUGGUUUGGAGCUUGGGCUGUUUCUUACACUUUUAACUUCCUCAUGUCUUGGAGCUCUUAUGGAACGUUCAUCAUUUACGCGGUGAUCAACGCACUGGCCAUUGUCUUUGUCAUCGCAGUGGUGCCUGAAACCAAAGGGAAGACACUGGAAGAGAUCCAAGCUGUGGUCAAUCCAUAG